UGGAGAUUGCGAAGGCAUUCCGUGCCGUAAUUCUUCUCGACGAGGCUGACGUCUUCAUGGAAGAACGAUCGACCAAGAACAUCGCACACAACGCGUUAGUCGCCAUUUUCCUCCGUCUUCUAGAGUACUACCAAGACAUCCUGGUCCUCACCACAAAUUGUGUCAAGAACAUUGAUGAUGUGAUCCACUCCCGCGCCCACAUGAUGCUCCAAUACCCAAGCCUGAGUGUCGCGGCCCGGGAGAAAUAUGGCGGAAUUUCGCGGUGCAUAUCGGCGGUCUCCGGCUUUCUGAUGAGGAAUACAACUAACUGCACAGCGUGAGCUCAAUGGGCGCCAGAUCAAAAACAUAUUCGAAUUGUGUAAGGCCCUGGCUGUCGAUAAGGGGAAGGAUAUCUCUUUUGAUCUCGUGAUGAUGGACCUCGAUGUUAUGGAGUCUCAGGCACCCUGACUAGGCACUGUCUAACAAGAGAUGGACCUUUCAACGCCUAGUAAUUCUCAGUAAUAGGCUGCGCUCUUUGGC